GGUGCAUCUGCGCAGCUGUGAGGCUGGGCAGAGAAAGGAUCCGCCGCACAGACUCGACCUCUGGAUUGAUCAAGACGAAAGAUGUCGUUUGCCAGCGACCGACUCUACAACACGUACAUCAGGAGGAACCUGCCUACUAUCGCCACCACGGUGAAAGUGCGAGAAGUGAUUGUCCAUCUGCCCUGCCUGACGUCCCACGACCGGGAAAACAUAGAAGCCAAGCGGGACAACAACGGGAAUCACGAUGCCAUGGUGCUUCUGAUGGAAUGCCUGAAGAGACGGGAGAACUGGCCGGAGCAGCUCAUCCAGGCUCUGGAAGCGUGUGAGCACGUCAGCUUGGCAGCAGAGGUCAGGGCGGCGUACGGCGCCCUGACUGGAGUCAACUACUCCAGCGCCGUCUGCCCUCCAACAACGGUUGUCAGAGCGCACGUCCAUCCGGUACCGGCUGCCGGUCCACCCGCCGUCCCGGACAGCGGAGCGAGCCACCCCGCUGCAGUUGCUCCGCCUCCUGGGGUUCCUCCAGUCCCUGCAGAGCCAGCCAUCCAGUGUCCAUCCCCGCUGCAGAACACUGCAGAACCCCACCCUCCUGAAGCUCAUCUGUCAACUCCAACUGUAGUUCCACCUACUGUAACCCCUCCACCUUCUCCUGAGACCCCCCAUGCUCUGCAGGCUGCUGCUGUGCCACAGGAGGACAUGCAACGAGUGCCAGAGGAGAACUCGGAGAGCCUGGAUGAGGUGGGUGACGAUGCCAACCCGCAAAACAAAGAGGGAGCCACACCUCAACCCCCAGGCAGCAGGAAUGACGACCCCACCAUGAGUCCCACCACCACCCGAGUACAGCUGGGAGCCAGACAGGGAUCCUGUGUUCCCCCACUGACUCCAGAGAAGUCCCCGGUCCAGGACUCCUCCCCCCCAGCCAUCCCAGCACCCUCGGCUAAGGUUUUCCAAGCUGUACAGGCUGUCGACAGCAGCCCUCAGACAGAACCUGCAGCUUCGUUUGGUCCUCCUGUUGGGACGCCCCCCCCUCUUGAUGAUGAUGUGUGUCUCAGUAAACCAGGUCAACUGGUCAGCGUCGCACCACAAAGCAGUGCCGGGCCUGCCGUCCUCCCCAGCAGCCCGGAUGAACCCUUCAGCGGCGGCAGCGACCGUCUGGAAAUCAGCGAGGCUGCCCCAGACGCUGUGGCCCCCUCUCAGGCGCCUGCUGCUGGGGGGUCAGUAGUGGAACUUCCAUGCCAAGAGAACGGCGUUGCUCUUGACCUGCACGAACCUGAAGAGAAUCAUUACGAGUCGCUGUGUUCCAGCAUGGGGGUGCUGGAGAACGUGGUGCAUGUGUCCCAAGAGCCCUCCCUCCCUAAUCUGAGCGGGCAGACCUCCUGCUCCCCCCCGCAAAGGAAAGAAGCGGGAAAAGGAGUCACCUCUGCAGCUGACGAGGCUCUUUCAGACCCUGCCAAGGCUAAAGUUUCUCCUGAUCUCCAGACAGCAGGGGCCCCUCAGGCCCCCACCACCUGGGCAGCUCCUGGGUGGUACGCGCUGACUGCUGCAGCCGUGUGUUCAUGCGCUCUGCUGUUGGCCUGGAGGUUCAAGAAAAUGUGAAAAGCAGAAGUCAACUGGAGUUUGAGUGAGGGAUGGGGGGGUCUAAUGUUAGCACUAACCUGUAAAGCUACGUUCACACCGCCCCCAGCAACUCACGUCCAAGCGUCCGUUGUCAAUGAUAAAUCUUCAUAUACAUGCGCUUCACACAUAUCUAUGCAUGUUCUUAACGAGCAUUUUCAGGCUAAGUACAAAGCGCGUGGCCAUUGAGUGGAGAGUUAAACCAGGUUGAACUUUGACCAAUCAGGGACUUGGAUUUGGUAGUGGCGUAUGGAUUUGGUUUAUGAACCCAGACAUGACAACAACCAUGACAACGUCAGUACGAAGAUAAACCAAGUCGCCUGGCCUGACGGUAAUCCAUGUCCAUCAUGGUGAGGAUGUCAGAUAGCUUCACGUCUCUUCGUGCUUCUAGAAAAAGAAAAAAAGAAGAAGCCCCUCCCUGCUUGUCCAGUGUGAACACCAUGGGCUUAAGCAUUCAAGGUCGUGCAUCAAAAACCCGGUGUGUGCGUAGCUUCAGGGUGGAAUCUUAAGCUGCACACCUGUGCUGGGGGGGUCACCCCUUAGUCCUUCGCUCUUAAAGUCCUUAAACCAAGCUCUGCCUUCAUUUUGUAGGGGAGGGGGGCUAUGUGGACCCUUCCUGUAACUGUGGGGUUUCCACUGUAACUGUGGAGGUAAUCGGUGUCUUUGGGGGCUGCUAUAUUUAUUUGUAAAUAGGCAUUCACUUUCCUCUAAGUGCACAGCAACGUCUUAAAUGAGGGCUGGCUGUUCUUGUAUGCGUCUGUCGUGUAGGUUUCUGCUGACCAACAGAAUUUCACGUGGGAGCUUUUAGAUAGACGUGUUUAAAGGGUCCUGCUGUUCUGAAUUUAAUUCUUUGGACUGAGUCGGUGUGGCAUCAUCUGUAGAAAAUGACUUCCAACAAAAUGAAGUCGAUUUGUUUGCCUUUUUUCUGUGUGUGUUGCCAUGUUGGAACCAGAAAUCGUCAGUAAGCAGUGAUUAGUCUGAGUCCACGUUUUGUGGCAACCGCUCUUCCACCGGGGGAGAGCUUGUUGGACGUCCACACCCCUACAGGCCACAGAAAACGGUCGGUCAAACGUUUCAACCGUUGGCCGUAGGGGCCAGCGGACACCACGAACAUCAAGAACGUGUUCAAAAUGUAUGGGAGCAAGAAUGUUUAUUCUGACCAAUAGAAUAACUGAGUAAUAGGUGUUUAUUUCUCCAUAGAAGUCUAUGGGAUUUUGGCUUUUGGAGCCAGAAGUAGUUGGAUGGGGUUUCUAAGUCCAGUUUUCAUCUACAAAUGGGUGUUAAGGUUGACAUUUCAUAAACAGCUUUGUGUAGAGAACUCGACUGAUCUGAAUGAAUUUGCACACUUUAAAAUUUUGUAUUCCUGGGGGGUGGGGGAUAUUGUCAGUCAUAUUUUUGUGUGAAACUUGUUCAAAUCUUUGGCACUUGUAGCCUUGGGCUGAAUCAAUCAAUUGUUAAUCAAAUAAAUUUUAAAAAAUAAA